AAUGUAGGAGUUAACAGAACUUAAAAACUUAGUUAUACAAUCUCUUGAGGCUAAUGGAUCUCUAGCAAAGAUUAGAGCUCAGAUAAGAGCAUCAGUCUUUAAUGUAGUUGAUUAAUAAGAGGGCAAUAAUAAAAAACCAUCUCCAUUUUUUUGGGAAAAUAACAAAGCUUAAACCAUUUAUGAAUUAGGAUGUGGAAGAGAUAUGUUAGAAUUAAUUAAAGAGUUUUUAUUAUUUUUUGAAAUGCACUACACCAACUCAAUUUUUUCAAGGUAUUGAUUAUCAAUAUAAUUAUAGUGAAAGCAACUUAAGAGAAGAUAUUAAUCGAGAUUAGAUUGCAAAAAAAUUGAAUAUAGAUGCCAAUGAUUCAACCAAACCAUUAUUAUACUUUUUGUUAAAAAAUCGAUAACCUGAAAAAAAAUCGUAUUUUUUAAAUUGCAUUUUAUAUUAGUGAAGAAAAAGGAUAAUAACAAAAAAUUGCAUAACCCUCCCCUAAAGAAGUCCAAAUAUAGUAAUAGUAGUAACAAUAAUAAAAAUUACAAGAACAAAAACUUUAAGAAUAAAAAAGAUAGGAUGAAUUAAAAAAAUAAGAGGAAUUAAAAAAGUAAGAAGAACAAAAAAAAUAAGAUGAAUAAAGAAAAUAAGAUGAAUUAAGAAGAUAAUAAUAAGAAGAACAAAGAAAAAUUGAAGAAUAAAAAAAAGAUUAAUUAAGAAAAUAAUAAGAGGAAUAAAAAAAAAUGGAAGAAUUAAAAAAAUAAUAAGAAUAAUAAUAAAAAUAAGAAUAACAAAGAUAAGAAUAAUAAAAAUAAGAAUAAUAAAAAAAAGAAUAAGAAAAAUUGAAAGAACAAUAAAAAUAACAAGAAUUACUUAAAUAAUAAUAAGAAAGAGAGAAACUUGAAGCUGAAUAAAGAAAAGCUUAAGCAAAAAAAUUUGAACAUAGAAACUACGAGGAUGAAAAAUUUGAUAAUGAAGAUUUAGAAGAACAAUUAGAAGGAGAAGUAUAGAUAUUAUAAUAUGUAAGGAUUUGAGAGAUUCUUAAUUAUAAUAAGAUUAGUUUUAAGAAUCGGAUGAAUACAUGCAAUAAUCAUAAUCACAAGGAAUAGAUAUGACCGUUGAUUCUGUUGCAUUGGAGGAGUUUGAUUAUUAUGAAGAUAUAGAAGAUGCGGAUUGAA